AUGCCUUGUAAAGGCGCAGUCCGUCUGAUAACGCCUCCACCUAACCUAACUGGCGACCUCCACGUGGGCAAUGCGUUGAACCUCGUGUGUAGCGACAUAUAUCUACGCCACGCGGAGCUGUCGAAUCGUGAAGUCUACGCGCGUUUCUGCAGCGACCAUGCCGGCCAGGGUUUGGAGCGCAUUGUCAACCGCGGCGUCGGCGUGGACAAGCCACCCGGCCAAAGGCUGCGGUGCGCAUUGCGCCACUGCAAAACAGUGUCAGACGACCACAUGGAUACUCUGUCCAGCCUAGGUGUCGAUUGGCUUUACGGAGGCUGGACCUUGGGGCGGCGGAGCAAGGAGGUGACCAGGCAUGCGUUCGUCAGCCUGUACCGCGGGGGGCACCUCGCUGAAAAAUUGUAUCCUACCUUCGCCAAGGUCACCGACGAGGUGGUCACGUUUCUAGACUCCGCCGACGUCGACUUAGUAAGGCAACCCAAGAAGCUGUACGCUGUUGAUCUGAAGCUGGUCGAUGAUGGCGGGAGCCAACCCGCCGCCGCAUCCUCGGACGCGGGAUCCCCCGACGGCCAUCCAUCGCGGCACUCCGAUAGUGAAGAUUACAUCACGGUGCACACGACGAAACCCGCACUGCUUCACGCCUCGGCAGCCGUCGCCGUGUCGGACUCGACUUCGGGCAGGCUCAAGGGCAAGGCGGCGGUGCUCCCAGGAUCGCACAGGCGCAUUCCCCUGAUCGCCUCAGGGGGAGUUGACGACGACCGAGCUACGCUUGUCAUGCCAGGGUACCUGUUUGAGGAUUACCAGCUGGCGUUGAAACAUGGGCUCGACGUGAUCGACAUCACCGAUGAGCGUGGUCGCCUGAAGAACGUCGUUCCAGAGCUCGAAAAUCUGACCAUUGCAGAGGCUGAAAGGAAGAUUAUCGACGGCUUUGCCGAGGUAGCGACGGUGGAGGAGCCGUCACCCACGCUGCUCGGCGACCCGAGCUGCGAUGUAUACACGCUGCCCGCACCUCACUGGCUGCUCGACGUGAGCGCCAUAUCUGGUCCGGCUUUGGACGCGAUGGCUGGGCUGGAAGUCGACCCCCCAAGCCGCAGCUCGAUGCUGCGCCAACGUGUGGCGUCAACGCAGCCUUGGUGCAUCAGCCGAUACGGCUGGUGGGGGCUGCGUGUCCCCGUGUGGUACCUGAGGAAAGACGGAGUCUCCAUACCCUUCCCGGCGCAAUCGCAAUCGGAAGCAGAGCAAAUGGUUGCGCAGUAUCUGCAGUGUUCAAUUUCGGACGCAUUGAGCAGAGGUUACGCGAUCGAGCAGGACACACGGACCCUCGACACCUGGUUCACAUCUGCGCUCUGGCCCAUAACUACCACCCCUGACACCUAUUCACCACCAUUGGCGCCUGAAUCGUUCGAUUCCAUCACUUUAAGCGACGGGAUUCCCUUGGAAGGCGUUGUUGUUAACCGUGAAGCAGGUGGCGAAGUCGACGAGGGUAGCACCUUGGAGGAGGAUGCCAUGGCCUCCAUGGAAGCCAACCAAAAGGAUGGUGUGGAUCGGGGAGGUGCUUCUAAUUAUGAUUUUGUGGAUCAGAAAGGCGCUUCUAAUUGUGAUUUUGUGGAUCAGGGAGGCGCUUCUAAUUGUGAUUUUGUGGAUCAGAAAGGCGCUUCUAAUUGUGAUUUUGUGGAUCAGGGAGGUACUCCCAAACGUGAUCUGGCGCUAUCCCACGCCGCAACGCUGUGUGAUGCGAAUGCCACCAGGGUGUUGUAUACGUGUUACGACAUCCUUCACUCCUGGGUGGCCCGCAUGCUGCUACUGUGCACGUGGUUCUCGAAGGGCAAGCUGCCGUUUGACAAGUUGGUGUUACACGGGCUUGUCAACGACUCCUCCGGCCGGAAGAUGAGCAAGUCUGAGGGCAACACCGUGACGGCUAAGGAAUUCGUGGAGGGUUUCGGCCAGCUGCCAGGCUUCCCAGACCUCAGCAAACCUAGUGAAAUCGACAUUCUGAUCGCGAAGGCUGUCGGUAAAAGCGUGAAGCAUACCAGCCCGCUGGCAAUGGCCCAGGCACGGCUGGUGCUGGCCACGGCCGCCUCCAAAGCCAACGUCUGCCACGAUCUGGGCGGCUACGCCGACCGCGUGAAAAGCCUGCUCAAGAAGGUAGCCAACAUCACAAAGUACGUCAGCAACGCAAGCAAGCAGCACGGCCUCGAUCACAUGUGGGACGUGUCGCCUGAUGAGGUGGGCAAAACGUUCGUGGAGCGGCUGGUGGCGGCCGGACUCUCGAGGGCCGGUAGGGCAGUUGGUGAUUGCAUCGAAACCUUUUCGUUCCGCAGGGCGUUCGAGAAUCUAGAGCAGUACGUGUCGGUAUUCUCGGAGUACGCAAUCCCCAGCCACCGGCACGGCGACAUGGGCAUUGGAGCUCUGGCCACGGGCUACCGGGACCUCCUGAGGCUGCUGAUGCCGUUCACCCCCCAACUAGUGACUGCUAUGCCCAUACCGAUCGGCAUGAAGGACACCGGCGAGCUGUUCGAAUGGCCGACGUUCGGCGCCCCCGUCGCCGAGGACGAGCGCGCCUUCGACGUGCUCGAAAGCGUCAUUCGGCAGCUGCGCAGGCACGCACUGGAAGGCUCCGAAAACGCCAAAGUCGAGGCUCCGGAGGACCUCAGGGGCGCGGUCGAAGCGCACCGCCCGCUGCUGACAUACCUGCUCAAGCUUACGUACAACACGGUCAUACAUUUUAAUGUACAGUCCUAG